CCAUCGCCACCACAAACCAACCAACGACCACAAUGUCCGACCCCCAGCCCCAGCCCGACGUGAUCGAAGUCAUCACCCCCGCUGCCGCUGCGGCGUCCGCAGCAGGCGAAAAGCCGCGCGCGCGCCUCGGCCCCACCGAGAUUGUGCAGCUGCGCGACCCGCACGACUCGGAGGACGAGGACGACGAGGACAAGGCGCCCGAGGGCGAGGCGCGCGACGAUGACUUUUUGGCAGACUACCCGGAUGACACGGAGGAACUCCACCUCCAACACCUGCGCCUACACAACACCUCGCUCCCGCCGCUCCGGCUCCCGCGCUUCGGCCGCACCCUCCGCCGCCUCUGCCUGCGCCAGAACGAGCUCAGCUCGCCUUUGCCUGCGGAGGUGUUUGACGGGCUCGACGCGCUCGACGAGCUGGAUCUGUAUGAUAAUCGCCUCGGAGGGCGGGUCACGGAUGAGGAGUUGAAGGGGGUGAAGAAUGUUACCUCCCUCGACCUCUCGUUCAACAACAUCCGCCACGUGCCCAACCUCCCGUCCCUCACCGCCGUCAAGAUCCUCUACCUCGUGCAGAACAAGAUUGGCAAGAUUGACGAGGGCGCGCUCGACUGGUGCAAGGACACGAUCACGAGCAUCGAGCUCGGCGGCAACAGAAUACGCGCCAUCGAGCACCUCGAAAAGCUGACCCUCCUCGACGAGCUGUGGCUCGGCAAGAACAAGAUCCGCGCGCUGGAAAACCUGGGCACCUUCUCCAACCUCAAGAUCCUCAGCAUCCAGUCCAAUCGCAUCACCAAGAUGGAGGGCCUCGACGGCCUCGUCAACCUCGAAGAGCUGUACCUCGCACACAACGGCCUGACCAAGAUUGAGGGGCUUGAGAAGAAUACCAAGCUGCGCACGCUUGACAUUACCGGCAACUUUAUCGAGGUGAUUGAGAAUGUCUCGCACCUGUCCGAGCUGGAAGAGUUCUGGGCCUCGUCCAACAAGAUCGCAACUCUCAAAGACCUCGACACGCAGCUCCGCCCGCUCAAGAACCUCGAGACUGUCUACCUCGAGCACAACCCGUGCCAGACCAACGACCCCGUCAACUACCGCCGCAAGAUCAUGCUCGCCCUGCCGCAGGUCUCGCAGAUUGACGCAACGUUCGUUCGCGCGUCGUAAAGUAACCGCAACACAGGCCCUACACAGCCCCCGCGCCCAUCCCCGCCCCAUCUCUGGUAGAUGACAACGCUGCAUAGACCCCAUGUCACUGUUGAUAUCUCUACUGUAAAACCCAAACGACCGAGUCGUGAAUAAUAUAAAGCUACACGCGCGAAGCGCUGGGCCGAGUCUCGGCCCUUUUAUGUCUGCUGACAGCCUCGAUGCUGACUACACCCGCCGCCUCUUGGCAGCCCGCGACAGAUCCACCUCGCCGUCCCUAGGUGUCGCAGUGUCGAGGUAGCGCAGCGCGUCGCGCACGGCGCUAGUCUCGACCGCGACGCGGCGCUUGGCGGCCUCGUGGAUGUGGUUCUGGGGCGACGAAGGCGGGGGGGACAUCUCGACGCGCGGGCCGAGACACGGCGCGCGGCGCGCGACCACGUCGGCGAGGAUGGCGAGCGGCGUGAACUUGGAGUUUGGGUGCGCCUUGAGCGCCUUCCACGCCUCGUCUGGGCGCAUCUCGACCUCGUCGACGCCCGCCUGCUGCUCCGUGACAUACGGCUCGGGCGCGCCGAGGCCAAUCACGUCGCCUGCGCACCCGCCUGCAUGGCCGCACAGCUCGGGCGCGCCGCAGCACGCCAGCACGAGCGGCGCCUGCGGCGGCGGGGUGAGCGGCGUCGCUGGCGACCCGGGCACUGGGCCCGUUACGAGCGACGCGAUCGAGACCGAGCUAGCUGUUGCUGCUGCUGCCGCCGCGGCGGCGGCACUCUUGCCCGGCCCGCACUGCGUCGCGCAGUCGUGCUCCUUGCCGAAGAGGUGCCCACAGAACUCUUGCCCAAACUUGUCGUUCUUGCACGCGUCGCAGUUUGACGGGUCGCCUGUACACACUGCCUCCUUGCGACUGGUUCCGGACGGAACGUUCUCCAGCGACCACACGCUCUGGCGCUUUGCGGCGCGAGAGCGCAGGCGGAGCGGAAUGGCUGGCGCUGCGAUGCCGACAGACAGCGUAGGAAGUGGCUUGGCCUUUGGCGGGGGUGGCGCCGCCGCAGAGAUGCCAGACGACGGGCCGCUGCUUGCCGCUGCUGCUGUCGCCGCCGCGCCAGCACGGCACGCACAGAACUCGGACGCGGUGCACAGCCCGCAGUCGGGCGAGUCGUCUGGGCCGGGCGAGCUGCGCGGCGAGCGCGGGAUGAUAGGCUUGAUGUCCUCCUCUACCGCGCUGCAGAGACACGCCUCGGGCGCGAGGUCGCACAGCCCGCAGCGCGCCGAGGCGGAGGCGAUCGGCCUGGCCAGAGUCGACUCCAUGCCCGUGUCGUCGGGCUGCUGGCAGGGGCAGUCUGGAUCUGGGUCGGGGCAGAUGGGACACGCGAGGGACGAGGAGCCGGUCGGCUCGCGCGGCGUGCGCGUCGCCGACCCGCGCCGUGGUGUCGAAGCGUACGAUCGCAGCACGGGCGUGAGUACCGGCGAGCGCGCGAGCGCGGCCAGCUCGUACUCUAGACGCUCGUCGAGGUGCGCUGCCGGGCUGGAGAUGUUGGACGCAGUGCGCAACGCGUCGACCUGGGUACGCAUGGUCCUCAGCGAGUCGUUGAGCGCUUUGCGCUCCGCGAGCCACUUUUCGCGGUCGCCGCGCGCAGCGGUGAGCGCGGAGCGGAGCUGAGUCAGCUCGGCCUUCAUCUUGUCGUUGUCGGCCUUGAGGGCGCGCGCGACCUCCUGCAGGCGGACAUUCGAGUGGAUCUCGUCGGCCUCGUACUGCCGCAGCCUGUCCUCGAGGGUCUGGAUGUAAUCUGUCCGCCGGGCGCGGUGUGCGCGCUGCGACAGGCGGUUCUGCGACUGGCGCUUGUUGUCGGGCUCCUCGGUGCUCGCCUUGCGGCCGGGCUUGGCGCGCUCAGGGAGCACCCAUUCCUUGCUGGGCUUUGCGAAAACUCGCCCCGUCGACGACGACAGGUCCUUGCCCUGCGGCGGGGGUGCGAGCUUGGGUGCUGUCGACGGGCCCGCGCGGGAGGAGGUGGACGACACGGACGCGACGCUGCCCGAGCGUGGGCGGGCCAGUGGUGGCGGCAUGGAUGAUGAUGACGAUGGUGAAGUCGAUGCUGAUGGCGCGGGUUUCGCCGAGAGCACUGGUGCGGCUGGCCUGGGCGCCGUCGGCCGGGACUGCACACGCGGCGGCAUUUUGGUGGCGUGCGAGGCGGAGGGGGUGGACGAGUGGUGGUGGGUGGUAGCGGCGUGGGAGUGGGGAGUGGGCCGGAGCGGGGCAGCGACCGACAUGUCGAGGCCGGUGGCGAACGGCGAGCAAGGAGCGGCGAGGGCUCGUGGCCUUGUCGGUGGGACGCGGCAAAGUUAUUGGCGGUGUGUGUGUGCUGGUAGUGCGGGCUCGGCGCCGGCGCAGACGACGUGGCUGGCGAAGAUUUGAGUGGCAAAGAGAGAAAGAGUGUAGAUGAGCAAUGGCGAGGUGGGUGACAGUGCAGACGGGUCAGUCGACGACGGUGACGAGGCGAGACCCUGCUGGCUUGCUGCAGGUGUGGCCUGGCUGGCUGGUGCUGGCUGGCUGACUGCGUUUUCU